UCCGAAGGCUCUACCGGUCCCACCCCACCCCAACUCACAAACACGCACCGGAGACAGAGGGAGAGAGAAGCAAACAUGGCUGAACCAGAGGGAAGCGAGUUAACUUCUGGAGGCAUUUUUCAGGAAAUAUUCACCUCUCCGCUGAACCUGACCCUGCUUAGCCUCUGCCUGUUCCUCUUGUACAAAAUCUUCCGCGGGGACAAACCGCCCGAGCUCGGCGAGAUGGAAAAACCGCUGCCCAAAAUGAAAAAGAGAGAUUUUACCCUGGCAGAGUUGAAGCCCUACGAUGGACUGCAGAAUCCGAGGAUUCUCAUGGCUGUCAACGGAAAAGUAUUCGACGUGACCAGGGGGAAGAAGUUUUACGGGCCAGAGGGGCCGUAUGGAGUGUUUGCAGGUAGAGAUGCAUCCAGAGGUCUGGCUACAUUCUGCCUGGAGAAAGAGGCCCUGAAAGACGAACACGACGACCUGUCCGAUCUGAACGCCAUGCAGCAGGAGAGCCUCUCUGAGUGGGAGACUCAGUUCACCUUUAAGUACGACUACGUCGGCAAGCUUCUGAAACCAGGAGAGGAGCCCACAGAGUACACAGAUGAUGAGGAAGGAAAAGACAAAAAGGCGGACUAGAAAAUGAGAAGUGACCAAGAAGGAAAAAUGAUGAUAGAUGCCUUAAUGUUUGUAAUUUGAUGCUGAGGGGCUCCUGUUAGAGCCACUCAGAGAAAGCUCCUCCAUCUUCUAUAUGCAUUCUAGUUCUUUUGGAUCAUCACAAUCCUGGAUUUUAUACGCCAUCUGAACUCCAUUCACCUCCAUUUAUGCUAUGUGAAGGUUAGAUGGCAUUAACAGUUAAAUCUACUGUGUUCUGAUGUAGAGUUUAGAUCAGUUACUGUAAACUUAAACAUUCGGUUGUUGUGGAGAAUCAGGAACUUGGGAAAAUCACAGACCAGUUCUGAUGUUUUAUGAAGUUGCUGAUGUUAAAUGUCCUGGAGAUUGAGGCUAGUUGAUAGACUAAAGAAGCAAAUCAGCAUUGUUCAGCUCACCUCACUAACAGCCCAUCACAUCAGUUUGAUGAUCCACAGCUCUGAUGUACACUUUGUUAAUAUCGCUGCAGUUUUAUUGCAGGUUGCACAGAUUCCUUUCAUCUAAGGUUUGGCCCAGCUCACUUUGAAAUGAAUUAUCUCAUGAAGUACUCUUGAAAAAAUGUUGAACAUCUGGAUCACAAGGGCAGACUUAAAGGAAAAUUCUGGUAUUUUCUGGUAUUCACCUAAUAUAACACCCAGAUUAAAAAAAACAGAACAAAACUGAAUUUUCCUUUAAGCCAGUGCAGGUAAUUGGACCAAACACUGACGAGCUGAAGUCUUAAAGAUGUCAUCACAUGAACGCUGCAAAAACAAAUCUCUUUUCGCACUUUUCAAUAAACUGCACCUAAUUUUCACCAAACUGGCAGUUAUAUCCUUUUUGGCUUAAAGCUUUUAUGACCAUUAUAUAAGAGAUGAUAUGUCCUGUGGUUUUGUUUUUGUUUUUAUUUUGUCAGCUCUUCUCAGUAAAAGAGGAAGGUGAUGUUCAGACAUUUGUAACAUUCCAACACAUUAAAUCUGCUGAUCUGAACUGUCCUGUACAUUUAAGCAAUGCCUGAUUUUCAGUGUUGAUUUCUGUUGACAACCCUUUCUCCUAAACCUUUCCUUCAAUUUUGUUCAGCGAGAUUUAUAAUACUCACAGUGACGAUCCAGGUUGUUGCAUCCAGUGUUGUUUGAUCACCCUGGAGAGGCUGUAUUAAUCUCAUUGGUAUAACAUCAUUAAAGCUGAUUGACAGAACAGUAAUUGAAAACAAUUUUUAUUAACUGAUUAACCAGUUCAGUCAUUUAUCAAGUGAAAAUAUUGACCAUUCUCUGGUUUCAGCUUCACAAAUAUAAGGAUUUGCUGCCUUCAUAAGUGUAAAUUGAAUUCCUUUUGGAUUUUGGACUGUUGUUGGACUGGUCAAAACAAGUAAUAUGCAAUGAUUUUGUCAAAACAAAAAAUAAAAUAAAAAAUGACUUAAUAUGAUGCCGUCAAUCACAUGCAGUUGUGUUUUUAAUGUUAAGGAUUGUAGUUUAUCACAUGGUGCAGAGGAAAGUGUCAGGUGAUAGGUGAUAGUUUCUGAUGACAGCUAGAUAAUGGAUAAAAACUAAUUAGAUAAUUUUUCAGUAAUAUUUUACAGUAGAAGUUGCAGCCCCAAGCUAUAAAAGCAUUCAUUGUAGCAGUAUUCUUCUUUGCUGUCAUCAUCCCUUUAAAAACUGGAGAGCUCGGCCACUUUCCAUAAAAACAGAUUAAAUUAGGGAACGUUCUCAGUAUAUGUGUACAUACAUAAACUAAAUGUCAUGAUACUGUCAUACUGUUAUAAUCCUGAAUUAUAUUUUGCUUUAAUAAAGAAAACUACAAAAUGAA